GCGCGUCCUGGUAAUAUUGACAAGUGCAGAGUGUCCGAGGGAAGCGCGCACGGGUCUUGCUUUACCGGGGUAACGACUCCAGAUGUAAUAAGACUCUCUGACAUGACACAUGCACAUCGUAUUCAUCUCGAUAUAGACAUGAAGAGAUACACGAGGGACGCCUGACAGCCUGCGCCGUGUUGUUGCAGCAUCGCAGCUGACCUGCAGCUGACCUCCAGGCAGCGGAGACGUGUCUACGUGAUGGAGACUUUAGUGGAGGUCCUCGAUGUCUUCCACAUCAGGGCCAGUGGCUCGUCUGUGACGCUCAGCCUCCUCCUCGUCUUUCUGGCUCUUCUCUACUGGUAUUCGAUGUACCCCUUUUCAGUCCUUUCUCGAUGUGGAAUCAAACAUCCAAAGCCAAUACCGUUCUUGGGCAACCUGUUAAUGUUUCGCCAGGGUUUUUUCACCCCUCUCAGUGAUAUCAUAAAGACACAUGGCAGAGUUUGUGGGUACUAUUUGGGCCGGAAACCGGUGGUGGUGAUAGCGGACCCUGACAUGCUGAGACAGGUGUUGGUCAGGGACUUCAGCAGCUUCACAAACCGAUUGACUCUUCGCUUCGCGACCAAGCCCAUGACGGACUGUCUGCUCAUGCUGAGAGACGAGCAGUGGAAGCGAGUGCGGAGCAUCCUGACCCCGUCGUUCAGCUCCGCCAAGAUGAAGGAGAUGGUUCCUCUCAUCAACACAGCCACCGAUGCCCUGAUGAGGAAUCUGAAUGUCUCCGCUGAGUCAGGAGAGGCCUUUGACAUCCACAAGUGUUUUGGCUGCUUCACCAUGGACGUUAUUGCCAGCGUGGCAUUUGCAACUCAGUUGGACUCUCAGAACAACCCGGACGAGCCGUUUGUCCGCCAUGCACAGACGUUCUUCUCCUUUUCCUUCUUCAGGCCCAUCGUGCUAUUUUUCAUGGCGUUUCCGUUCAUCGCGGCUCCUCUGGCGAGACUCGUCCCCAACAAGAGACGAGACACGAUGAAUCAGUUCUUCAUCAACAGCAUUCAGAAGAUCAUGAAGCAGAGGGAGGAGCAGCCUGCAGAGCAGCGGCGUCGGGACUUCCUUCAGCUGAUGUUGGACGCUCGAACCAGCAAGGAGUGCGUGUCUCUGGAACACUUUGACGCGGGAAAUCCCGCCGGCGAUCCGCAGUCUGAACCGUCGGCCUCGGAUCUGGUCGACCGGCUUCCCCCACAGGAGCCCUCCUCCAGGCGGCCCAAAAAGAUGAUAACUGAGGAUGAGAUCGUGGGCCAGGCGUUUGUCUUCCUGCUCGCGGGCUACGAAACCAGCAGCAGCGCGUUGGCCUUCACCUGCUACCUCCUGGCCAUCCACCCGGAAUGUCAAUGCAAAGUUCAGCAAGAGGUGGAUGAGUUCUACACCAAACACAAGUCAACAGAUUACACAAAUGUGCAGGAGCUGAAGUAUUUAGAUAUGGUUUUAAGUGAAACAUUGCGCCUCUACCCUCCUGGAUUCAGGUUUGGCAGAGACAUCGACCAGGACUGCCUGCUGAACGGACAAUUCCUCCCCAAAGGAGCGACGCUGGAGGUCCCGGUGGGCUUCCUCCACUACGACCCGGAGCAUUGGCCGGAGCCCGAGAGGUUCAUCCCUGAGCGAUUCACGCCGGAGGCCAAGGCCGGUCGGCAUCCGUUCGUUUACCUGCCGUUCGGGGCCGGCCCCCGUAACUGCGUGGGCAUGAGGCUCGCUCAGCUGGAAAUCAAAAUGGCUCUCGUGCGUCUGUUCCGCAAGUUCAUCAUCGUGGCCUGCUCCGAGACCGAGGUUCCUCUUGAGUUGAAGUCGUCGAGCACUCUAGGACCCAAAAACGGCAUAUUUGUGAAGAUUCAACGUAGGGACCCGACAGAAGGUCACGAGAAUUCUUCGCCAGACAAGUAGAAACUGACGAAGACGAGUCCUAUGAAGUGAUGAAGCCUUCUGCGGGGCCAUGUUGUUAAGGAUCUGUUCCUUUUGAAACGUGAUUCGGAGGGAACGAUAUGCCUCAAACAAAGUGCUCGUCUUGUGCUUUUCUUCUUGGCAAGCGAGCUGGAGAAUGGAGGGAUGAGGAGACCAGAGUAAAGAGAGAGGAGUGAAUAAAGGAAUACAACUGUGCCUGUUGGAGCUAUUUAUUUGACACUAGUAUUUAGUUAUUUUAUUGAAAAGUAAUAUUGUUAAUCAUUGCUUAUUUGGGUUGGAUAUUUUGAUAAGUUAGAAUGGCUUUUUCACAUGAUAGUUUUAGUUGAAUUCAUUGUCAUUGUUUAAAUAUAUUUUUUAUUUUUAUUGUCUCACUAAUUGUGUAACACUGUGGGCACCUGUGAUUAUAUAGGUACAGGACCAGCAUGCACUGGGGUGGUCUAUGUUUUUUUUUUUUACCAGCACAUGAGAGGCAGUGUCAACAGUUGUGUUUGUUCUUUCUGUUUGUUUGCUUGUUUGUUUAGUAAAUAAAUGAUCAGAGUAAUGGAAAACAGAAAUGGACAUUAGUUUCUUUUGGCUGCGUCAAUUACAAAACCCCCAUUUAUAGUUGUGAUUGAUUUAUUGCACACAUGGCCACUACAGUGCCUGUAACCAUAUUGAUUCAUUUUUUUUAUAGAUUUUGCGCAGGUGUCAUGAAAAGGUUAUUUAGGGAGAAGCAUAUUAUCCAUUCACUGUCGAUCAAAUCUAUCACCUGACCCUCAAGGUUUGCACAUUCCUUCAUUUAAUGGCAGUCUGUUGACGGUGCUGCCAUCUUCACCACGGCGUCCUCCUGUUUCACGAUGCCACAGUGAGGUCAUGUGUCUGAUAAUCUCCCCAGAUGAAAGCUGCUAUUUCAGAGUGAAAACAAGUUGUUUUGUGAAAUGAAAUCAUGUUGUCUUUUAUUCCUGAUGAGUCAGCGUUUAUCACAAGUCUCAAAACAGGAAAGUGGACUUUACUCGCCCAAAGUUUCUCAGUAAAAACUUAAGUCAACCUCAAAAGGUUGGAGUAAAAGCAUUUUAUCCUAUUUCUCUUGACGUCAUUAAUUUUCCUUCAAGGAGAACAUCUACAGCAAGGAGACACAGACACACACACAGCUAUUCAUCAGGCGGGGGGAUACGUCUUACUUUACUCUGAGAGGCUUGUAUUAAAUUGCAGCUCUGCACUAAUUGAAAUUGUUAAUUUAUACAUUAAGAGUGAUUUACUGAUGGUUAAUUCAAAUGUAUCUAAUGAAAGAAAAUGUAUAUUUCACCAGCUGUGAUUCAAAUGUGCCUGUUUGAAGGAUCUGCACUUACAAUGGGUCAAAGGUCACUUGUGUGGAACUAAACGUGUGCUGAUGAGAUUUCUCUGUUCUAUUGUUAUUCAAUACCAGUAAAAAGUCACCUGUUAA